AUGCGUUCAAUUAUCUCGGCAUUUAUUCUCAGCCUGAACUUUUGCACCCAGCCUCUUGUUCGGGGUGCACCUUCUGCGGCUGACUGGCAAGAGUUACAAAAGGCCGUAGAAGGGAGGCUUUUCACGGCAGAGCCGCUUGCCCGGCCUUGUUUCUCUACUUUUCAAGGAAAAUCCGUGGAGCCAAACGUUGAAGAAUGUAGCACAACAAAACAACAUUAUCUCAACAGCACUUUCAAAACAGCCGCGUACGCUGGGUUCGUCCACUCGUACAACGAGGCUUGCGCAUCCAACGUCACAGACCAGUGUCUACUUUCAGCAGACACUUUUUCAACAAAUGGCAAAAACACCAGCGGUACGGCUCCCCUCACGGGUCCCUGCAACCUUGGGAUGCUGUCCGAAAAGUACAUUGCCGUAUCAAGAGCCGAAGAUGUGCAGGCUGCGUUCAGAUUUGCGCAUCGCACCGGCAUGCCGCUUUCGGUAAAGGCCACUGGCCAUGACUACGCCGCACGCAGCAGCCUCAAAGGCUCCUUGGCGCUGUGGACCCGUCAGCUGAACGACAUUGCAUUCAAUCCAUCCUUUACCCCUGUCGGGGGCUCUUCAUCCCCGAUCGCCGCUAUGACGGUCGGUGGCGGCGCGAACCUCGGAGAAGUUUACAAAUUUGCCGACAGACACAAUGUCACAUUCAUCGGCGGCUCGUCCGGCACCGUUGCGGCGGCCGGCGGGUAUAGUCUUCUUGGUGGACACGGCACCCUGACACCAACGUAUGGCAUGGGCGCAGACCGCAUGUUGGAAGCGACCAUUGUUACGCCAGAUGGCGAGCUUCGCAUAGCCAACGCCCAUAUGAAUUCGGACCUCUUUUGGGCGCUGCGUGGAGCUGGUAGUGCCACCUUUGGGGUAGUGCUCAAUGCCACUUUCAAGGUAGAGCCCGUCAUGCCUCUGACGCUGGCUUUGAUGAGCUUUAAUUCUACCGGUGCCAACACUGGUCCCUUCCUCUCCCUGCUUAUGAAACACACUAACAUCUGGGCCGAGGAAGGCUGGGGAGGCCCAAUGAGCAUGUCCACCCUUGCUCUUGUCAACCCGGCCAUGUCGGUGGACGCGGCAAAACAAUCCAUGAAAGAGGUGGCCGACUACGUAUCCGCUCAGGGUGGAACCGUUGUCCUGGAGAGUCUACCUUCUUUCUACGCCUUUUACACCAAGUACGUCGAGGCCGCCAGCUCAACCGGCACCGGCGCCGCGACCUUUGCCACCUUUCGCACCCUGCCGAAGCGCCUGCAUCAAAGCGAAGAGGGGCGGGCCGCCAUGACCAAGACGUUUCGAGACAUCAAAGCCGCCGGCCAUGACACGUUCAUCUUCCAAACGACACCCAACAAGUUCCCUUACGAACCGGGCUCCAACGCCGUACACCCGUCGUGGCGCGACAGUUACUGGUUGGUGGGCACAUCCAUCUCUUGGUCUUCCAAUGACGCCGGCCUCGAGGAGCGCAUGCGGGUCGCGGCCGCGGUGCAGGAGGUUUCGAAAAACCUGACCGAUCUGGCCCCGGAGGGUAGCAUGUACCCCAACGAGGCCGAUCCCUGGACCAGGAACUGGGCCAAGGAGUUUUGGGGCGAGGAGAACUACGCCAGGCUGGUACAGGUAAAGCGGAAAUAUGACCCGCACGGCCUGAUCGGUUGCUGGAAGUGCGUAGGCUUUGAGGAUAAGCUCAUGGAGACAGAGUCGGCGUUCCGAUGUCUGGGCGCGUUUCAAAAGAAGAGGUGA